CGUCACCAUGCAGUCUUCCGAGAAAAUGGCGUCCCCUGAUUACUUGUCCUACGGGUUUUCCGUAAUCGUUGCCCUUGGGGGCGUUAUAGGAUACGUGAAAGCUGGUAGUGUACCCUCGCUAGCUGCUGGACUGGCAUUCGGCGGAAUUUCUGCAUUGGGUGCUUACCAGACAUCCUCGAACCCAAGGAAUGUUUGGGUUAUGCUGGUAACAUCAGUGGUGUUGUCUGGAGUGAUGGGCUCUAGGUUUGUGAAAUCAGGAAAGUUUAUGCCUGCUGGACUUGUAGCUACCCUGAGUGUUGCUCAAGCUGUGCGUAUGUCGUACCGACUGAUGAACAACUAGUGACUUGUUUGAACAGCCGUGAUCUUCCGUAUUCAUCCUCAAGAAUGUAACAUAACAACCACUGUAAUAAACAGAGGAUUUAGUGUAAACACAAACUUAAAGUAAAGUCAGACGUCAACAUCUUGUCAGUAAGCAUGCAUGCAUUAGGAUCCAAACACACCUUCAGUAACAUCACUCAUUAAAAACAUUUUGUUUAAUAAAAUAGAAGUGUUGCUGCA